AUCGGCUGGGUUUUCCAAAUCUCACCCUCCCUCAGGCUAAUUGAGUCUUCCUUGGGGAAAUGGAUGAAGUUUGAGCUGAGACACAAACAGGAAGGCAGUGAGGCAGUGUUUGUCCGGCAGGCACCACCUCUUUAAAUAGCCCUGGUGCGGAGGGAAUCAGUUCUCCACUUAGCCUAGGAACUCCAACGUCCUUUGUUUCUAGGCCAUGGAGUCCAGCCCCGCUGUCCUGUGGGAGGGCAGGCCAGAGCUCAGUGAUGUGUGGUUGGGAAGGCUGGCUGGAGAUGUCCUCCCUGCCUCCAGGUCAUGAGGGCACACUUUGGCAGAGCUGUUCUGUGCCUCUUCUUUGAGAGAAUCAUCUCCGAGAUUUCUACUCUACUGAAUGAAAAUCCAUUCCUCGCUGUCGAAGAAUUAACAGGAUGCUCUCCAAUGAAUCCAUGCAUACUCCUGCCUUCAGCCGCUCCAACUCUCAAGCCUCCGUAGACAGUGCAUCCAUGGAGGAGUUCUGGCGAGAAAUAGGAAGUAUUAAAGAGAACAGCAUAGGGGCUCUGGAAGAGCAGCUGCCAUCGGCCUCUGAAGUCAAGCCUGUGGAUGAAGGAGAGCUUGAAGCGGAGUGGUUACAAGAUGUGGGUUUGUCAACUCUGAUCUCUGGUGAUGAAGAGGAAGAUGGCAAAGCUCUCCUGUCUACACUGACUCGGACCCAAGCAGCUGCAGUAAAAAAGAGAUACAACACAUAUACCCAAACGCUGAGGAAAAAGCAUAAGCAACCUGUCAGGGAUGUCAGAGAUGUCUUCGGAGUCAGUGAAUCUCCCCCAAAUGAUUCUUGUGACAACUGUACCCCUCAGCUGGAUGGCACAGAAGAAGAAAAAGAGCUGCCAGGAGUUAUCAAAACAAGUGAUCCACUGCCAGAUGAUACUUCUCUCAAUACCAACCUCUCCAAUGGGUCCCAGGAUGAAGGGAAUUUUGUCGACCUCAGGAGUGGCUCCGUGUCUAUACUUGAGGCUAUUCCAGAUAUUCCUGUUCACGCCAAUGGAUCUGCAGACGCUGGGCAGUCAGUUCAGAAUACGUUGAGUGACGAUGAUUAUCUGGAAAAGAACAUUCCUCCAGAGGUUGAAGAGCUAUCCUUUGAAGUAUCCUACUCAGAAAUGGUUACAGAGUCUCCGAAAAGACAUAAAUGGAAGAAGUCAGACAUUAAGAAAGAAGACUAUGUUUUAACUAAAUUUAUUGUUCAAAAAACAAGAUUUGGGUUAACAGAAACAGGAGACCUCUCUGCUGAAGACAUGAAGAAAAUCCGACAUCUGUCUCUGAUUGAACUGACUGCCUUUUUUGAUGCUUUUGGGAUUCAGCUGAAAAGAAACAAAACAGAGAAAGUAAAAGGCCGAGACAAUGGGAUUUUUGGAGUUCCACUUACAGUCCUCCUGGACAAUGAUCGGAAGAAAGACCCUGCAGUAAAAGUUCCCCUUGUGUUACAAAAAUUCUUUCAGAAAGUUGAGGAAUCAGGUCUGGAAUCGGAAGGAAUUUUUCGACUUUCAGGAUGCACUGCCAAAGUCAAGCAAUACCGUGAAGAACUGGAUGCCAAGUUUAAUGCUGAUAAGUUUAAAUGGGACAAAAUGUGCCAUAGAGAAGCAGCAGUAAUGUUGAAAGCAUUUUUCAGAGAACUACCCACCUCACUCUUCCCUGUGGAAUAUAUACCUGCCUUCAUCACGCUAAUGGAAAGAGGGCCUCACAUCAAAGUGCAGUUUCAAGCCUUGCACCUCAUGGUCAUGGCCCUGCCUGACACCAACAGGGACACAGCCCAGGCUCUAAUGACUUUCUUCAACAAAGUGAUUGCCAAUGAAUCCAAGAACCGCAUGAGCCUGUGGAACAUUUCCACCGUGAUGGCGCCAAACCUGUUCUUCAGCAGGAGCAAGCACUCUGACUGUGAGGAAUUGCUGCUAGCCAAUACUGCAGCCCACAUCAUCCGUCUGAUGCUGAAGUACCAGAAAAUUCUGUGGAAGGUUCCAUCUUUCUUGAUCACCCAAGUCAGAAGGAUGAAUGAAGCCACCAUGCUGCUGAAGAAACAGCUGCCAAGUGUGAAGAAACUGCUCAGGAGGAAGACCAUAGAGCGAGAGGUUACAAGCCCCAAGACCUCAAAGGUACUACAAAAAUCACCCUCUUCAAGAAGAAUGUCUGACGUGCCAGAAGGCGUCAUAAGGGUCCACGCUCCACUUCUCUCCAAGGUGUCCAUGGCCAUUCAGCUGAACAGUCAGACCAAAGCCAAAGAUAUACUGGCAAAAUUUCAGUAUGAGAACAGUCAUGGUUCAUCUGAAUGUAUUAAGAUGCAGAACCAAAGGUUAUAUGAAGUUGGAGGAAAUAUAGGACAACAUUGCUUGGAUCCUGAUGCAUAUAUAUUGGAUGUGUAUCAUGUAAAUCCUCAUGCAGAAUGGGUGAUUAAGCCCUAGCCAAGUCUUUGAAAUAUGCCCAAGAUGGAUGUUGCCUUGUAUUACAUGCUAAGAAGAUCCUGCAUUUGGUGGAGGGGAAAAAACACACUGCCUUGACACAUUUGCUCCUGUCAUCCUUUCUGUGGUUCUCCUGGAGGAGUGAUGUCACCAGCUUUGUCAAGAGGAACUAUGAAAGAGGAGCUGGUUCACCAUCUGAGCUGAACUUUCUCAUCACAUUUCCUUCCUAAGAGGAAAGAAGAUGUGAUCCUUCCAGAAGAAAGUCCAAUGCCAAUUACUAGGAAUUCUAAUCAUUUUUACUAUGGUGACUUUGCAGCAGAAAUAAACUUGGUCCUAUACCUAGAAAUGGGCAACACUUC